UCCUGCAGAGCUCAGCUGUCUGUCUGGAGAGAAGGGACAGGACGAGAUCAAGCUAAUAGGAACGGCGCUGAGCCUGUGCAGCUUCUGGGCUUGUGGCUUUAACCCAACAGCAUAACUGAUAUUUAUAAUAUUACGAACAGAAGCUGUUAAGAUUGCAGUGUCGCCAGAAAUGCUUGCGGCGUGACGGGUUUUUAUUCUCGUCUGACAGCUCGGAUGGUCACACACUAACCUUCGCAGCCCGUGUGCAUGCAAGGAUACCGACCCUGUCCUAACCAACGAUGCAAGGAGUCUGUUCGUGAAAACACCCUGAUCCAAGUGCCAUGUCUAUAUCUGUCCCAAGACCCAGCCCUCUCCAGUUUCAAUGCAAGAAGAAAAACAGAACAAUGGCUGAAGUAAAUGUGUCACCACUGAAGCAUUUUGUCACUGCAAAGAAGAAGAUCAAUGGAAUAUUUGAACAACUUGGGACCUACAUCAAGGAAAGCGCAGCCUUUCUGGAAGAUACUUACAAAAAUGAGCAGCUGGACCCACUGACCACUGAGGAGCAAGUUCAGGAGGUCUGCAGUUACCUGUCCAAGGUGGCAGGAAUAGGAGAAGUGCUUGCGCGGAGGCAUAUGAAGGUGGUUUUCUUUGGAAGAACGAGUAAUGGGAAGAGUUCUGUGAUCAAUGCCAUGUUAUGUGAUAAAGUUCUGCCAUCUGGAAUCGGACACACAACCAACUGUUUCCUGAGGGUGGAGGGCACAGAUGGCAAUGAAGGCUUCCUCCUCACUGAAGGCUCUGAGGAUAGGAAAAGCAUAACGACGGUGAACCAGCUGGCCCACGCUCUUCUUCAGGAUGUGGAUCUGGACGCGGGCAGUCUGGUCUGUGUCAUGUGGCCUAAAGCAAAGUGUGCUUUACUAAGAGAUGAUUUGGUGCUUUUGGACAGCCCAGGCAUCGACGUCACCACCGAAUUGGACAGCUGGAUCGACAAGUUCUGUCUUGAUGCAGAUGUGUUUGUCCUAGUAGCAAACUCCGAAUCCACGCUCAUGCAAACAGAGAAGUCCUUCUUUCAUAAAGUCAAUCAGCGUCUCUCCAGUCCUAAUGUUUUUAUCCUCAACAACCGUUGGGAUGCCUCUGCCUCAGAGCCAGAAUACAUGGAGGAGGUUCGCAGACAGCACAUGGAUCGCUGCACUAAUUUUCUUGUGGAUGAGUUGGGCGUUGUUGACAGAGCCCAGGCCAGCGACCGCAUCUUCUUCGUCUCAGCUAAAGAAGUGCUUCAGGCUCGUGUGCAGAAGGCCCAAGGAAUGCCUGAAUCAGGUGGAGCUCUGGCUGAAGGAUUUCAAGCCAGAAUGUUUGAGUUCCAAAACUUUGAGAGGCGAUUUGAAGAGUGCAUAUCUCAGUCUGCGGUGAAGACCAAGUUCGAACAGCACACAGUAAGAGCAAAGCAAAUAUCUGAAGCUCUGCGGCGCAUUAUGGACGUGGUACAUGUAGCUGCCCAAGAACAGAGACUCUACUGCUUGGAGACAAAAGAGGAUCGUCAACAACGGCUGGAGUUUAUAGAGAAACAACUGGAUCUGUUAACUAUGGACUGCAAGGCUAAGAUCAAGAGGAUUACAGAGGAGGUGGAGAGACAGGUAACCAACACUAUGGCAGAGGAAAUAAGGAAGCUUCAUGUCCUAGUGGAUGACUUCCACAUGGACUUCCACCCAUCACCUGUGGUCCUCAAGGUCUACAAAAAUGAACUCCAUCGGUACAUUGAGGACGGUCUGGGUAAGACCAUGUCUGACAGGUGCUCCAGCUCCAUCACGAACGCCCUGCAGGCCACACAAAUGGAGAUGAUCGAGGGCCUGAAGCCUCUGCUGCCAAAUCCGAUCAGAGAGCAGGCCAACAAGAUCAUUCCUCGUCAGUACUUCAACCUUACAUAUGACCUGGCCUGUGACAAGCUUUGUAGUGAUUUUCAAGAGGAUAUCAGCUUCCACUUUUCCCUUGGUUGGACCAUGCUCGUCAACCGGUUUCUAGGGCCCAAGAACACCCGACGGGCCCUCAUGGGCUACAACGACCAGGUUCCUCGGCCCAUGGCCCUAACACCAGUCAGCACUAGCAUGCCUCCAUUCCCACAAAGUUCUGUGACUCAGGAAGAGCUCAUGGUCACCAUGGUGACAGGUCUUGCAUCUCUUACAUCGCGCACUUCCAUGGGUGUCCUUGUGGUCGGCGGUGUGAUUUGGAAGGCAGUGGGAUGGCGCCUGAUAGCGUUAUCACUGGGUCUUUAUGGCUUCUACGCUCACGAGCGACUCACAUGGACUACCAAGGCCAAAGAGAGAGCCUUCAAGCGACAGUUUGUGGACUACGCCAGUGAGAAGCUGCAGCUAAUUGUCAGCUACACUGGAUCCAACUGCAGCCACCAAGUCCAGCAAGAGCUGACAAGCGUGUUUGCACAGCUGUGCCAGCAGGUAGACGUCACCCGUCAGAACCUCGAUGAUGAAGUCAAUGAAAUUAACAGGAAGAUUGAGCUCUUGGACAAUCUACAGAGCAAGGCUAAACUUCUACGGAACAAGGCAGGUUGGUUGGACAGUGAGCUCAAUAUGUUCACCCAGCAGUACCUCCAGCAGAGCAAGUGACCCAGGCGGCUCUUCCUUUGAGACUGAGCAUCAUCAGGGGAACAUGUAAAAUGCUUGCAUGGCUAAUUUAUGAUGUAAUUGUAAUGUUCUGUUCAGAAGACACGGCUAACACAAGUCAACAGAGCUCUGUGGUGAUUGCCAUGUGUUUCUAUAGAGAUAAACUGUGCAGUAUGCAUGUCAUGCAAAGCCUAUUUGAAUGACAACAGAAGUAAAUAUUCCUCUCUGUACAUCUCCAUGUGCGUCAUUUCAUCCUCACAUGGGCAAAUUUGGUACAUCUAAGGAAUUUCAGUGUCACGUUUGUAGAAUAAGUUGUAUUUUAACUUAAAAAGUAACACACUUUGUUCUCACUUAUUCACUGUCAGCAUCGUAACUUGUGGAUGUUCUCAACCAGUGUGUAAAAGGCUUCAAUGUACUUCUGCUUUUGGAGUUACGUCAGUUCAAAUCAGUUUGCUUUAUAGCUCUGAUUCAGCAACAAACGUUUCAAGUAGGGUUGCACAAUUUUAUCGCAAACAAUUUGUCGUCACAAUAUAAACUGUAUGCGAUAUUCAUUACACAGGACUGUUUAGAGUGCAGCAAUUGUUGGCUAAUUCAAUUGUAAUGAACUUAGAUUUUUUUUAAUGCUAUUAUGAUUAGCCAGUUUGAUAGUCUCAUGGCGGCAGAUGCUAAACACUAAUUAUUUUAGAUAAAAUGCUAAAGGUCAGAGAGUGAUAGAAGCAGAGGUCAGGAAGGAAAGGAGAAACUGAUAUUGUCGACAAAAUAUUUACCAAAGUUAUCGCCAUUACAAGAUUUUCUAAUAUCGUGCAGCCCUAUUUUCAAAGCACUUUACGAAAUAAACGGAUCCUGUUUGUGUACAAAAAUAUACAAUAGUCUCUGUCUGAACAGACAGACACCAAGUCAAGUACAAAAUCGUUUCAAUUUGAUCCUAUUUAUAAAGCAAAGUAGUAAAGUUUAUUCAUCAUUCAAAUUGGUCAAAGGCUUCCAUCAACAGAAACCUUUUGACGCAUGUAUGCUAAAACCAAUUCAUCCAGAGCCAUUUUAUAUUCAGUUUGUAACCUAAUUUAUUGACCAUAUAUUUGAGCCAAAUUAACAAGUUCAGAUGUAUGAUGUUUGUUUUUGUUGAGGUCUUGUAUAAAUGUAAAAACAGUUUAUUUUGUCAAUGUAUUUCCCUCUUCAACAAUUGGCAAACAUUAUUUCCAACAAAAUGAUUACACUGUUCUUGUACGUGCUAACAAAUAAACAUUUUUUCCUUUCUCGUUA